AUGUCUUUGAGCAAGACCUUGGUGCGCCGCAUCUGCAUUCGUGCUCCGCAGACAGCUUUUCGGCAGCAUGCCAGGCCAUGUUUAGUGAGGAGUCCCCUUGCUCAUCCAACGCUUUUGAGACAAGGAGGCAGAUGGGAUUCCACCUCAAUGUCGCAAGGGCCACCGCAGCCAAAAUUCUACUGGCUGCGAAGAGGCGCGGUUCUCACCUUGAAGCUGAUCUUCUUGUGGGUGCCAGCCAUGGCAGCUUGGCUGGCAGUGGUGUCUGGAGUGCAACUGGACUUUCGGACUCCUGAAGAAGUAAAACAUGAAGAGGAGGAGGCUCAGCGAUUGGAACGAUUUUUCGACGUUGAGCAUUUGUCGGAGGUGGAGUAUGCGGCAGAAUGGGCUGCAAAGGAGCAGGCAUUGGCCGGCAUUGUUGAGAAGCUCAUCCGGUCAAGAACUCUUCAAGAGUCCAUGGAGUCCGCGAAUCGUUUGGAAGGCUCUUCAUUCUCUAGCCAAGAGGCGGGAGACACCGAUCAAGUCAUGGAAUUUUCGUACGUUCAUCCUCCGGCAGAGGCAGACCGCCUCAAUAGCUUGGGUGCAGAGAUAGCUUCCGAAGGAUAUCGACCGUGGAAUCCACGCUUGGUCCUUUCCCACAAGACUGGCAGCGUGGCGUUGGUAACAAUGCGUUUUCAACAUGUUCAGGCUGCACAUGGGAGGAGCGAGACGUGGGCCUGCACCAAGCUCCGCGUGGAGCUCAUUACGGGUUUGCAUGGAGAAGCCAUGGAAGAGCCCCUUUGCGAUUUACAAGGGACUUCCACCUACCCUGACAACUGCACUGGCGACGACAGGAGACCUUCAGGGGGAGCCAGGCCGUUUGCCGCCCGCUUUCUACAAGGAGCUGGUCGGCUGGCUGCGCCGCCGCGGAGGUACUGAUAACCGUAGAACCGUUUGUAGCUUUCUCGAAUUCGUUUUUCUUUACGCUUUCGUUGACUCCGGCUUGUUUCCCUUUGAAGAAAUUGGAGGCCGCAGAGUCAUGAGGCAGGUACAGGACCUUUUUGUUCGACCGACGGUCACCACCAUGGUCGAUAUGGUUAGGGUUGCUCUUAUCGAUCUCUGUCGUUAGUUGG